AUGCCCGUCGACUACCCCCAGCAAAGGCGCAAGUCCAAAUGGAGCUCGAGUUCGACAUCGAGGUUACCCAGCCCAUCAUCACCUGCUGCGCCCGCUCCCCUCCCUCAAACUGCGCAACCAUCCACCCCCGAGCGCAGACCAAGGCACUCGACCCAACCUCAGAGUCAGGCCAGCAGCAGCAGCAGCAGAGCAAUCGCAGAAUCCACCACGAAGCGCAAUCGUCCCAGUCCCCGCAGGCGGGGCCCAGACGAUACAGACGCCUACCGCGAGGGCACUGGGGGCAACGGCAAGGGUAAAGGCAAGCAGCAGCAGCAGUCCGCCCGCGCCCUUGACGCCAAAGAGAUCCUGAGCAACCCGCGCCUGCAGCAGGUGACGGGCCUGCUGCCACGCAAGCUGGGAUGGUGGAACGGCAUGCAGCUGCCGUACGACGAGCUGGAGCGUCUCGAGCGCGCCAUGAGGAUACCCGACAUGUAUCCCGCCAGGCGGCCGAGGGGUAAUCGCUAG